GGCUUUGACCAGAUCUUCAGGAAAAAAAGGAAGCUUUUUUCUUUUAUUUUCUGGUUCCCUCUUCAUUUUCCCGGAAAACUAGCAGUUCGAUGAUUAGUUUUUGCCUUUUGGGCUGGAGACGAAGAAAAUACCACCAAACACAGAAGGGUUUCUGUCGGCGAUGAGGAUAGCGUAGAGCCAUGUCGGAUUCAGACGCUGACGUGACUCUGAAGACAUAGCGAGAAUCAAGGAUCUCUCUCCCACACCUGCCUUGAUUGUGUUCUGUACUCACCCGUGCGUGCGUGUGUGUAUAUAUACACACGUCGCCGAAUAUGUCUACGGCUUCUUGGGUUCAGCCUCCUUCUCGAUUCUUGCCGAAAUCCGGUGGUGUUUGUAAGAAAAGCUGCGGCGGCGCACGGCGGCUUUCCGGCGGCAGUUCUUUGACGACGGCGGCGGCUUCUUCUUCUUCCUUUUCCUCCAUCUCUUCGUCGUCGUUUUCCUCGUGUUCUUGCUGUUCUUCGCAGAAUUCGAAUCCCGCUUUCGGAUCAAGCAGAAGCUGGAAAUAUAGAAGUCUCAGAGCUCAAUCGAUGAGUGCCACGGCCGAACGGAACUAUUCGUUGUCUAAUGGCGACACAGACGAGAAAAACGAACCCGAUCAUCUUCUUGUUCUUGUCCAUGGAAUCUUGGCCAGCCCCAACGAUUGGAUCUACGUAGAAGCGGAGUUGAAAAGACGCCUCGGAAGGAAAUUCUUGAUUUACGCAAGUUCUUCUAAUACCUUCACUAAAACAUUCGGUGGGAUAGAUGGAGCUGGAAAACGACUAGCGGAAGAGGUUAUGCAAGUGGUGCAAAAGAGCAGGAGCUUGAAAAAGAUUUCAUUUUUGGCUCACUCCCUCGGCGGUCUAUUUGCCAGAUAUGCAGUUUCCGUUCUUUAUUCACCGACAGUUCCGCAAGCCGGUGAUGAUUCUCUAUCUCAUUCCGGAAAUUCACAACCUCCUCGAGGUAGGAUUUCCGGGUUAGAGCCGAUCAAUUUCAUCACUUUGGCCACACCUCAUCUCGGUGUGAGAGGCAGAAACCAGCUGCCAUUUCUCUUAGGAGUUCCUUUCCUGGAAAAACUUGCUGCACCGAUAGCUCCUUUCUUUGUUCGACGAACUGGUAGCCAGUUGUUUCUCACAGACGGUAAACCCGAAAAACCGCCUCUUCUGUUGAGAAUGGCAUCUGAUGGUGAAGAUCUGAAAUUCUUAUCUUCUCUGGGUUCGUUCAGAUGCCGCAUUGUGUAUGCAAACGUAUCUUACGACCAUAUGGUCGGUUGGCGGACAUCUUCCAUAAGGAGAGAAACCGAACUUUUCAAGCCUCCGAGCCGGUCUUUGGAUGGAUACAAGCAUGUAGUGGACGUAGAAUAUUGCCCGCCCGUUUCAUCCGACGGCGCCCAUUUCCCUCCGGAAGCCGCCAAAGCGAAAGAGGCGGCUCAAAGCUCGCCAAGCCCAGAGAACACACUGGAGUAUCAUGAGAUCGUCGAAGAGGAAAUGAUCCGAGGGUUGCAGACUUUAGGAUGGAAGAAAGUCGAUGUCAGUUUCCAUUCCGCCUUCUGGCCUUACUUUGCUCACAACAACAUCCAUGUGAAGAGCGAGUGGAUUCACAAUGCGGGAGCUGGAGUGGUCGCGCAUGUUGCGGACAGCAUAAAACAGCAAGAAACUUCCUCGUUCCUAACCGCGAGCUUGUAGACAGACUAUGCGCCCGAGAAACUUCGCGUAAUUAAGAUCGAAGAGGCUUUGUCUGUGUUCUUGUUGGGCAAAAGCCAUUGCAAGCAGCGGAGGGAGCUUCAACGGAUGAAGCAUAGAAAGAGGAGCAGAGCUAUUGAGUUCAUUCAUGCACAUGAUCCUCAGUCUAUCUUUUCUGUAUUGGAGGAUAUCAUGACAGAACAUAACUGUUUGUUUUAUGUACAGUUUCUGCUUCUUGGACAACAAGUAAUAUGCUCUGGGUAA